AAAAAAGAAGAUUUAUUCGCGCCAAACUAAACGAAUGUUUUGACUGUUGAUUUUACUCUGAUUAAAGUUAGUAAUGCGCGUAAUGCGUUUGGAGAAAUGGAAGAAAACGAAAAUAAGCGAGUAAAAACAGACCGUGAAGUAGACAUUUCUCACGACGAACAGUUUAUUACAAAACCAUUCAAAAAAACAGAAAGAUGUUCGUUGUGCAAACAAUUCCUGGACUCGGUUUCAUUCUACGGGGGUCACCCGAAUUACUCCAACGAAGAAUACGUCGUGCUCACCGACGAAAAACUCAACAUUUACACCGGCACAGAGACCAAUAUCAACGACGAUGACGUCCCCACUCAGAAGAUCACCUACUUCUCAGUGUAUGACAAAAACGGCCACUUGUGCCCCUUCGACACAGGCCUUAUUGAAGGCAACAUACACCUCUACUUCUCCGGCUACGUUAAACCUGUCUUCGACGACGAUUCCAAUCCGGAUAAUGGCGUCCCGGCGAAGGAUUUGGGGCCCAUUGAUGAGUGGUUUCUAUCAGGUUACGAUGGGGGCGAAAAAAUCCUCAUUGGCUUCACCACGGCCUUCGCCCAUUACUACCUAAUGGACCCUUCGAUGGAGUAUCAGCCGAUAUACGAGCAGAUGAAAGACAAAACUCGGCUCGUAAAGCUAGUCGUGGAGUACUUGUUAGAUCACGCUUAUGAUAAUCCUGUUUUAGAGGAUUUAAUCGAGCAUUUGGAGGCCUGCGGGGAGGUUAAAGACGUUGCAGAUAAGCUGGUACAACAUGCUCAAUUCAUCUGCGAUCAGGUUGCUAGUAUUGAUUGUGUGGAAGAAGAGGAGCAACCACUGUAUACCCUGCCUUGUAUUAGGACUCUCAUAGAAAUGGCCAGAGUUUCGUUCAAAAAACACAAAAAAAUCAAACCGUUUAAGGUAUCGAGGAAGAAAAAGAGUAAUAUUAUGACCAAAGCUGUAACGACUAAGCUAGUUAAAGACGUGUUCGAGUGCUUCUUUCCCGAGCAAAUCGAAUCGAAGGAUCUGGCAGUGAAGAAAAUGAGGUGCGGAGUGUGCGAGGCCUGUCAGUCGCCCGACUGUGGAAAGUGCUCCAAUUGUCUGAAUAUGCGGAAGUUCGGGGGCUUGGGAAAAUCCAAGCAAGCAUGUAAAUUAAGAAGAUGCAUGUACAUGGCAAUUAAAGAAGCUGAGUUAUCUGAUAACGAAGAAGAAUCAGACUUGAAAUCGAAGAAGAAAAAAGAAACUGCGUACGUAUCGAAAAAAACUAUUAACAAGGUUAAAUGGCUCGAAGAAUCGAGCACGAAGUACAAAACCUAUCAAUGCUAUUCAUCAGCCCAAAUAGGAAAUUUCAUAGUCAAAACUGGCGAAUAUGUGAUGCUUAAACCGGAAAGCGAUGAACAUCCAUUGUACAUCGCUAAAAUUAUAUACAUGUACGAUAAAUUCCCGCAGAAAUACGUUUUUCACGCUCACUUGUUCUGCAGAGGAAUCGACUCGAUUUUGGGCGAAACAGCCAAUCCUAGGGAAUUGUUUGUGGUGGACGAUUGCGAGGAAUUGCUCUUAGGGAGUAUCGUACGAAAAGCUAAGGUGGAAUAUCGUAAAAUACCGCCAAAUUGGUUCGAAUUAGGAGGCGAAUUAAACCUAGGAGAAGAAGAAGAGGAUGACGGGGAAACUUUCUUUUUCACUAAAAGACUCGAAUCGAAUAGAUUUGUUGAUUUGGAUUUCAAUCCUGAAGAAAUUGACGAUUUGACUUGUUAUUCGUGCAGGAGAAAAGAGCUCAACAUAAAGUCUAAUACCCCUGUUUUAAAACAUGAUUGUGUAUAUUGGAGAAAUGAAGAGUAUAAAGUGGGUAGUGGAGUAUUUUUGGAACCGAGCGUAUAUAAAUUCGAAGUUGAAACUUUAAUACAAGAAAACGAUAAAGAAAAUAGAGUAAAUGAAGCCAUAUAUCCUGAGUAUUACAGAAAAAGAUCUGAUAACGUAAAAGGCUCCAAUAAUGACACUCCGAAUCCAUUCGUGAUCGGUUUAAUAGAAUCUAUCGAUGGACAAUCUAAAGAUGUUCGUAUUAAAGUCAAGGUGUUCUUCAGGCCCGAACACACUUUCAGAUCACUAUCUUCGACUAUCAGCAAGGACUUGUGUCAUUUGUACUACAGCGAAGAAGUUAUCACAGUUUCGUUCGAGAGUGUAAUGGGAAAAUGUUAUUUAUCGUACGGUUACCAGCACGAAGAUUCGAGCGAAUGGGCUGAAAGAGGCCCAUUUAGGUUCUAUUUUACCGAAGCCUAUGAUCCGAAAACUCGGGAAUUCGGGAAUGUUCCUACUUGUGUCAAGGCGAUUGGGACGCAAGGGAUAGGGAAAGGAAAAGGCAGCGGCAAAGGCAAAAAAUCCACCAAAGCGGAAUCCUUCCACGAAUGGGCUCCGGAUUGGCAAACCCCACCGAAACCCCUCCGAUGCAUGGACGUCUUCGCAGGUUGUGGAGGCCUCUCCGAAGGAUUGAAACAGAGCGGAAUAGUCGAGUCCAAAUGGGCCAUCGAAGUGGAACCAGCAGCGGCCAAUGCCUUCAAGCUCAACAACCCCUAUUGCAAGGUCUUCACCGAGGACUGCAACCAGCUACUGAAAUCGAUUAUUAACGACGAAGGGCCGGACAUAGGCCUGCCGAGUAAAGGUGACGUGGAAAUGCUGGUGGGAGGGCCGCCUUGCCAGGGAUUUUCUGGAAUGAACCGAUUCAAUUCGAGGAAUUACUCUUCUUUCAAGAAUUCUCUGGUCGUUUCUUAUUUGAGCUACUGUGAAUACUACAGGCCUAAGUACUUUAUUUUGGAGAACGUGAGAAAUUUCGUGACCUUCAAGAAGAGCAUGGUGUUGAAGCUGACUUUGAGGUGCCUGCUCGCGAUGGGUUAUCAAGUCACUUUCGGAGUGCUGCAGGCCGGGCAGUACGGGAUUCCCCAGACUCGCAGGAGGCUGAUCAUAAUGGCCGCCGCUCCGGGUUACGUUUUGCCGAAGUUUCCGGAGCCCCAGCAUGUUUUUAGCAGGAAGGGAACCCACUUGGCAUUUGUCGUAGAUGGGUUCAACUACUCUAAUGAAUGCCUUUGGACCGAAUCAGCCCCUUACAGGACUAUCACCGUCAGGGACGCCCUAUGCGACCUGCCGCCCAUCCCGAAUGGCUCCCAAAUACAGGAAGUUCCUUACGACACCGACCCUUUGACCCAUUUCCAACGGAAAAUUCGCGGGAACUCCUCGAACACGUCCGCAUUUCUACGCGAUCACAUAUGCAAGGAAAUGUCCCAACUGGUAGCCGCCAGGAUAUCCCAAAUCCCCACCUAUCCGGGCGCCGAUUGGCGGGAUUUGCCCAACAUCAAGCUCAGAUUACCCGAUGGGAAUGUGACGCAAGAAUUGAAAUACACUCAUUGGACCAAAAAGCAAAGUAGUGGGGAAAAGGCCAAAGGCGUCUGUUCCUGCGUUGAAACAGGAGUUUGUGACCCUGCUGAUAAGCAAUGUAAUACCCUGAUACCUUGGUGUUUGCCACAUACUGGUGAUAGGCAUAACCAUUGGGCCGGUUUGUACGGUAGAUUGGAAUGGGAUGGUUAUUUCGGUACGACUAUUACCAACCCGGAACCGAUGGGGAAACAAGGAAGAGUUCUCCAUCCGGAGCAGCACCGAGUAGUAGGCGUGAGAGAAUGCGCCAGGUCGCAGGGAUUCCCGGACAAAUUCAAAUUCUGCGGUAGUAUUAUGGACAAAUAUAGACAAGUCGGGAACGCCGUGCCGCCGCCCUUGGGCUGCGCUUUAGGAAGGGAAUUCGUCAAGGCUCUGACAAAAAAAUCCGAGUAAAAAUUAAACUGUUCAAAAUAGAGAGCGGGUGAAAGUGGGAGUGCUCGGAGUAGUACAAAGUUCAGGGUAGUUCGAAACAGUUCUAAUCAAUGUCUGAAUAACUUUAUUUAAAUAGUAAUUUUGAAGCUUUAAAACAGUUCAAGUCCACCCUUUUUUAUUACUUGACUUUUACCUAUAAACUUUUGGACUACAUUUGUUUUAGCAAAUUACUUUUACGUAAAUUAUAUUAACUUUAUAUUUUGUACUAAUUUUUAAAUAUACGUUGUUUUAUGGGAGAAUCGGAUUUUUUUAUUCAUUUUAAGCGUUCAAAUACAUAGUUUUUCUCCAAAUAUUUUGCAGAUCAUCAAUUUCCAAAACUCAUUCGAUUUUCAUAUCCAAUGAUAAUUUCGAACUAAAUGUCUUAAAAAAUCGUAUUAUUGUGAUAAACUACAAAAACAAAUAGUAUUUAAUGCAUUAAUAUCGUAUUUAAUAAUAAAUUAUAUCUUAAUUUCGUCAGUAGCUUUCAUCGAUAUUCUAAAAUACUCGGAUUCAUUUUGACCCGCGUUAUGUAAUCCUCGGCCAUGCAACAAGCCUGCUCGAUUUCGUAAUUACGAGAAACCAACGCCACCCAUUUGGUUUCUAAGCUCCUCAAUUGCUCGCCCCCUUUGGUCUGCAGCGACUUCCUUCGCCAGUUCACCUCCUGCAAUUCCCGCCUCAGCUCGGCCAGCUUUUUCGAGGCAAUUUUCUCCAAAUCCCCCAACGUGCGCAAGUACCGUUGCCAAGCGGGACAGCAGUACUCCAACAUGAGUUGCAAAUUUAGAAUCCUUACCGCCUGGUGCUCGAGCUGCGCCUGCGAAUUCUCCACGCACUCGGUCCACGCGCCGAGCUCGUUCAGCUUGCCGCCGGGCGGCGGCGGCAGCUCGUACCGCUUCAUGGACAGCGUCUCCAUGGGCAGGCGGUGCUGCAGUCGCUCGAACUCCUCGUGCAUGGCGGGCGUCUCGAACGCGGAGACGUUCAGAGGCGGCAGGUGCUCCAGGUAGUUCUUCGUCGGUCUGUACCUUCUGCACUCUUC